CCUGCAUUGAAGUUUAUACUUACUCGUCCUGCAAUGUCAACGCUCUCGGUGCGCUGCCGGCGCGUCUCCUGCCAAUUGUUUGCCUCGUCGUCCACGAGUCCGCUCGUUCAGACGCGUAACUAUGCAACACAGCCAAAGAAAGGACAAAUCAUGAAGCAGGCUUCGCAGGGAUUCAAGGGGAAGAAGAACACUCCUUCCGGUCACACGGAACCUGCGAAGAAGGACAAGAAAAUGAUGGCCUUCCAACCACUGCCCGUCUCGCAACUUCCGCACCCACUAUUUGAGAGUGACCGUCCCGACACCCUUGCCUUACAGUCAUUUCAUCCCGAAAUGCUUACAAGGGUCGUCGAGUCUCAAGCACUCAAAUUCCCCCACAAUGACAACGACCCAUUCCGUAUAUUUGGGUUACCAAGGAAUAUUCUUGUUGAAUUCCGUCUACUUUCCAAGCCAUGCUCCGUAAUACGCUCUGUGACGAUCGACGCAAUUAACAAGUUGGACGCAGCAAGUGAGAAGAGCAGCAAGGAGUCCAGGGUUGUUUUUACCGGACCCCAGGGCUGUGGAAAGAGUUUCCUUCUCCUUCAAGCCUUACAGUAUUGCAGUGCGCGCGAUUGGCUAGUCCUCUACAUACCUCGAGCAACAAAUCUUGUAAAUUCUACAACUGCCCACGCCUACGAUAUGCGAACUCGAACGUACCUUCAGCCAAUCUUCGCUUAUCAAACUCUUCAGCGCUUUCUCAAGGUCAAUGCCUCCCGGCUUGAACCGCUCCGCACCCAGACCGAGAUAGAAAUAGAACGUCGCCCUCCGGUGCCCCCUGGCACACCCCUCGUGGAGCUCAUUAAUAUUGGCCUCAAGGAUCAGGGUCUUGCUCCGACAGUGCUUGAUGCUGUGCUAGAAGAAAUUGGGAAGCAGACAAUUUUUCCAGUGCUUCUGGCGGUUGAUGACUUCCAGGCAUUGUACUGCAAGUCGCACUAUCGUGACCAACAUUUUUCGGCUAUCAAAUCGUACCAUCUUUCAAUGCCACGCCUUCUGCUCGAGUAUGCAUCUGGGCGGAAGUCAUUUGCCCGCGGUGCAGUCUUUGGCGCGCUCUCGAUGAGUCAUACGACAUUCCCGCUACCUCUGGAGCUCCGCGAGGCUCUUUCUAUCGAGUACGACCGCCCCUAUGGGCCGUACGUCAAGCGCCAGCCAGAGCUCGUAGAAUACGCCCACGGUCUCGAGAGGCUGGCAGUACCCAGCAGCCUGAGCGUGCCCGAAGCAGCAUCGGUUUUCGAGGUGUGGAUGAAAGACCGGGCGGUGCCUUCGAAACCCAGUGAUGAGUUAUUCCUGACAAAAUAUAGCGAAGCUAGCGGGAAUGCAAGAGCAUUUGUUUGGAAGGGACUUUUGUCGUCCAUGUCCACAUAGUAGAACAUACCUUCUAUAUCAUCUGGGUGCGCGCCCUAUAUGGUCUGAUGUCGCCUAUCAUGAGGAUAUUCUUAUUCGAUCAAGGCAAAGUCGGGGAGCACUUUUUGCAAAGCCGUACUACUUGAAGCUGUAAUUGGAUCUCACUUGAAGAACCUCGCACGAUUUUAAUGCGGCUUUCCUGGUCCGUUGAUGUGUGAACCUGAUCA